AUAUUCACGGCUUAAUCGCAUUUUUCAACCUGCUGCAGAGAGUUACGCCUUGAGGAUACUAAAAGCGAAGACAGAGUAGCAGCGUUAUUUGCAAAAUCUGCAAGUUUGAUAUUACGUGGGUGUGGUUUAGCUGCACUAACCAAUAAAGCAGUGCCGAGAUUAUUGCAACAUACAGCGUUGGAUCAGUAGCUCAGGAGAGUAGGGAGGAAAUCAGUCUUUGAAGGAUCCUAGUGUUGAUUCUAGGAUCCAGUAUAAGCAGAACAUCAUUCAAACGAUUCCUAAGAAAGAGAUAUAUUUAUUCAGAAGAUAGUUUCAUAAAGACAUUUGUUCAGAAGACGUUAAUGUCAAUUGGAUGAAGCCUGGCUAUAAUCAAGGAACAACUGUGUAAUUGAAACAGCCGAGAAAUAAAAACAUUAACAAGACUGCAUUUGAAAGAGAAUUCAUUAAGAAAAUAAUCAACACGUCUCUGUACGCAAGAAGGAUUAAUGAACAGGUUAAUUGGCAGGACUGUGUUGGAGAGGGAUCGUACAAGGAAACCUAUUAUUGAGGCUUAGAAUUACUGUGUAUGCUCCCCUGAAGUAUGAAUACAAAUGCAACAGCCAAUCAUAAUUUUGGUAAACGCUAAACGAAAGAAAGAUAAACAAUUGCGAGUGCCAUCUGUUGCGUUUUCUGCGUUUAAUUUUUGUCUUGCUUGUGAAGAAAUUUGCUAUAAAUAAGACACCCAUCGCGUAAAGGAAUUACUUAUAUUUACUUUGCUCUAUUUACGGCUCCGUGCGGCCUUAUUUACUGAAAGUGCGUAUCAUCCACAAUGGCAGAAAAGCGGGGAGUAAAGUCACGGCUUUUUGGAGGCAAAUCGGGACGAAGCGAUGAAGAACGAAGAAGACAAAUGGAACGAGAACAGGAAGAGAGAUCAAGAGUUGACAAAAAGGCUCUGUUCAAAAGAGUCGUCAGUUCAGGCAAUGACGACAAGGCAAAACGAGGUCGUUCGAAGUCACGAGAGGAUGAAGAAAGAGAGCGAAAAAAGCAGUCUAUGCUGGAGUUUGGAUCAAGAGCUAUUGAUUCAUAUGAAACCCACACGGAUCCGAAGAAGAGAGAGGCUGAGGCAAAACGAAGAUUUGAAAAGGGUGAGACAGAAGACCGCAAAAAAGACGGUGGCAAAAAGCAAGGUAAAGUGCAAACUGCCCUCAAAGUUGGAAGAUUUCUGCAUAAGCAUGGCAAGUAAAUAAAUCACAUCUGUUUUCGAGCUUAGGACAUUUUGAGCAAUGUAAGUCAAUAAUUAUAAGAGCCCAUUACAAAAAAUUUAAACAGACUAUAUAAAAGAUGCUUUACAAUGCGAUUUUAUUUAGCUACAAUGGUUUUUUUUACUUUCAUAAAAUGUAGUAAUAUAAAUAUUGAUUAAAUAACUAUAGUAGUGUUAUCAUGGAGUGAAGAAAGACUGAAAUGAACUGAGUUAUAGGUAGCGUUCUUCAUUUUUUAACUAAGACCUAUACUCUUAUGAUUUAAUGUUAUGAAGUAGCUUUAUCUCACGACUAUAUCUUAGGCAAUUAAGUUUAUAGUAUGAAAUUAAAGUCAAGUGAAUCAAAUCAGAUGAUGUUUCUUUUUUAACCCUU